AGGACCGUUUUGUCUCUCCGAGGGAGCCAGCCUCCCCUGCAGCGAGGCGACGUCGGGGUGGCGGCCGCCGGGCACCGCAAGGGGCGCGGAAAAGCUGGGAGCGGAGGAGGAGGAGGAGGAGGAGGAGGCGGCGGCGGCGCGGAGGAGCGGCCGAGCAUGCCGCGCGACCCCGACAACAACAUGGCCUCCCUGAUCCAGCGCGUCGCCCGCCAGGCCUGCUUGACUUUCCGGGGCGGGGGCCGCGCGGGGCCGAGGCCCAAGGGGUUCCCCGAGAACCUGAGCAAGCUGCAGAGCCUGCUGAGCCAGGUGCGCGCCGAGGACCUGAACAUCGCGCCGCGCCUGGCCGCCACGUCGCCGCCCCCGAAGUCGCCGCCCGUCACCUACAUGCACAUCCACGAGUCGCCGGGCUUCAGCCUGGGCGUGUUCCUGCUCAAGAGCGGCGCCCGCAUCCCCCUGCACGACCACCCCGGCAUGCACGGCAUGCUCAAGGUCCUCUACGGCACGGUGCGCAUCAGCUGCCUGGACGUGCUGGACGGCGAUCGCGAGGGCCGCCCGCAGCCCCGGGAGCCCCGGGCCCCGCCGCCCGAGCAGGCCUUCGAGCCCCCGCUGCGGCCCCAGGAGCGCCAGGCCUUGCGGGCCGGCGUGCUGCGCUCCCGCGCCGAGUACACCGCGGCCAGCGGGCCCUGCGUGCUCACCCCGCAGCAGGACAACCUGCACCAGAUCGACGCCGUGGACGGGCCCGCCGCCUUCCUGGACAUCCUGGCCCCGCCCUACGACCCCGACGAAGGCCGGGACUGCCACUACUACCGAGUGCUGGAAGCCGCCGCGCGGCCCCAGGGCGCCCCCGCCGACCCCCAGGGCUCCUCCGGCUCCCUGCCCCGAGACGUGUGGCUCUUGGAGACGCCCCAGGCUGAGGACUUCUGGUGCGAAGGGGAGCCCUACCCCGGGCCCAAGGUCUCCCCUUGAGGCUGAC